CCGAAGAAGUAGGGGCGGGGGGAAGUUUAGGAGUUGAGGAAAGAAGAUUAAAGAGCGCGAGGAGAUAAAUGAGUAGAGUGUUUGAAGUGCCCUUUGAGACUCUGAAGCUGAAGAGUAUCUGAUACAUUGCAAGUCUGUUUGUGCCUCACCCUGCACAGACUGCCUGAAGUUACAUUCUGAGACUGAAAUCACUGCACCUUAAAAACAAAAGAUUGAGCGGCACUGUGUCCCUACUUCUACCAUCAACAAUUGAAUAUUUCACCAAGAUUGCUGCCUGUUCUUUGACCACCAGUCUUUUGCCUGUUACUGCUCUUUAUAUGCAGCCGCUCUCUGUCCCCUGCCCCAAUGAACAUCUGCACUAGGCCCAAGCCUUGGAGUGACUUACCUGAAGAGUGACACCGUUUGUCUGAAAUCUAUUAAAGUAUAAUUGAGAGGAAAAGUGUGAAAGAAAUGCAAAGGGGAAACAAUAGAUGAGGAAACUGACGCCCAGAGAGGUGGAGUGAGGUGCCCAAAGCCACACAGCAAGUUGCAGGCACAGCUAGUACCAUAGCUCAAGUCUCCUGACUCCCAGUCCAUUGCUCUUCCCAUUACUCCACGGGCCUGUCUCUAAGCUUCCCGACAAAUGCUAGAACGGAAGAAACCCAAGACAGCUGAAAACCAGAAGGCAUCUGAGGAGAAUGAGAUUACUCAGCCGGGUGGAUCCAGCGCCAAGCCGGGCCUUCCCUGCCUGAACUUUGAAGCUGUUUUGUCUCCAGACCCAGCCCUCAUCCACUCAACACAUUCACUGACAAACUCUCACGCUCACACCGGGUCGUCUGACUGUGACAUCAGUUGCAAGGGGAUGACCGAGCGCAUUCACAGCAUCAACCUUCACAACUUUAGCAAUUCCGUGCUCGAGACCCUCAACGAGCAGCGCAACCGUGGCCACUUCUGUGACGUGACGGUUCGCAUCCACGGGAGCAUGCUGCGCGCACACCGCUGCGUGCUGGCAGCCGGCAGCCCCUUCUUCCAAGACAAGCUGCUGCUGGGCUACAGUGACAUCGAAAUCCCAUCGGUGGUGUCAGUACAGUCAGUGCAAAAGCUCAUUGACUUCAUGUACAGCGGUGUGCUGCGGGUCUCACAGUCGGAAGCUCUGCAGAUCCUCACAGCUGCCAGCAUCCUGCAGAUCAAAACAGUCAUAGAUGAGUGCACACGCAUCGUGUCUCAAAAUGUGGGCGAUGUGUUCCCCGGCAUCCAGGAUUCUGGCCAGGACACACCAAGAGGCACACCAGAGUCAGGCACAUCUGGUCAGAGCAGUGACACGGAAUCAGGCUACCUGCAGAGCCACCCGCAACACAGUGUGGACAGAAUCUACUCGGCACUGUACGCUUGUUCCAUGCAGAAUGGCAGCGGCGAGCGCUCCUUCUACAGCGGUGCAGUGGUCAGCCACCACGAAACUGCACUCGGCCUGCCCCGUGACCACCACAUAGAAGACCCCAGCUGGAUCACACGCAUCCAUGAGCGCUCGCAGCAGAUGGAGCGCUACCUGUCCACCACCCCUGAGACCACACACUGCCGCAAGCAGCCCCGGCCCGUGCGCAUCCAGACUCUCGUGGGCAACAUCCACAUCAAGCAGGAAAUGGAAGAUGACUAUGACUACUAUGGGCAGCAAAGGGUGCAGAUCCUAGAGCGCAAUGAAUCCGAGGAGUGCACGGAAGACACUGACCAGGCCGAGGGCACCGAGAGCGAGCCCAAAGGUGAAAGCUUUGAUUCCGGGGUCAGCUCCUCUAUUGGCACUGAACCUGACUCAGUGGAGCAACAGUUUGGGGCAGGAGCCACAAGGGAUGGUCAGGCGGAACCCGCCCAACCUGAGCAGGCAGCAGAAGCUCCAACUGAGGGCAGUGUCCAGCCAAACCAGCUAGAAACAGGUGCCUCCUCUCCGGAGAGAAGCAACGAGGUGGAGAUGGACAACACAGUGAUCACUGUCAGUAACAGCUCCGAUAAGGGCGUCCUGCAACAACAGCCUUCAGUCAACACAUCCAUUGGGCAACCAUUGCCAAGUACCCAGCUCUAUUUACGCCAGACAGAAACGCUCACCAGCAACCUGAGGAUGCCUCUGACCUUGACCAGCAACACACAGGUCAUUGGCACAGCUGGCAACACCUACCUGCCAGCCCUCUUCACUACCCAGCCCGCGGGCAGUGGCCCCAAGCCUUUUCUCUUCAGCCUGCCACAGCCCCUGACAGGCCAGCAGACCCAGUUUGUGACAGUGUCCCAGCCCGGCCUGUCCACCUUUACUGCACAGCUGCCAGCGCCACAGCCCCUGGCAUCAUCUGCAGGCCACAGCACAGCCAGUGGGCAAGGUGAAAAAAAGCCUUAUGAGUGUACUCUCUGCAACAAGACUUUCACAGCCAAACAGAACUACGUCAAGCACAUGUUCGUCCAUACAGGUGAGAAGCCCCAUCAAUGCAGCAUCUGUUGGCGCUCCUUCUCCUUGAAGGAUUACCUUAUCAAGCACAUGGUGACGCACACAGGAGUGAGAGCCUACCAGUGCAGUAUCUGCAACAAGCGCUUCACCCAGAAGAGCUCCCUCAAUGUGCACAUGCGCCUGCACCGUGGGGAGAAGUCCUACGAGUGCUACAUCUGCAAGAAGAAGUUCUCACACAAGACCCUGCUGGAGCGACACGUGGCCCUGCACAGUGCCAGCAACGGGACCCCUCCGGCAGGCACGCCCCCAGGUGCCCGCGCAGGCCCACCAGGCGUGGUGGCCUGCACGGAGGGGACCACUUACGUCUGCUCCGUCUGCCCAGCAAAGUUUGACCAAAUCGAGCAGUUCAACGACCACAUGAGGAUGCAUGUGUCUGACGGAUAAGUAGUACCUUUCUCUCUUUCUUACGAACCAAACGAAACAACAACAAAAGAAACAAACAAACAAACAAACAAAAAGCUAUGGCACUAGAAUUUAAGAAAUGUUUUGGUUUCAUUUUUACUUUCUGUUUUUGUUUUUGUUCCGUUUCAUUUUGUACUCCACGAAGAACUGUAUUUUGCCUGCUGGUACAUUACAUUUCCGGAGGCUCGGGCAAAUAAGACUUUUCCCAGUCUCCCUUGGAUGGUGGCCUUAAGGCCUGGUAGUGCUUCAAGAGCUCCACUGGUUGGAUCUCUAGCUACUGGCCUCUAAAUACAAUCCUUCUUUACAAAAAACAAAAAAACAAAACAAAACAAAACAAAACAAAAACAAAAAAAAGCAAAAAACCACACACAAAAAAAGCAAAACAAAAAAAUCUUUUAAAAAAGUUUAAAAAAUGUUUAAAAAAAAGACAAAGUUGUUUUUCCACUCGUGAAGAGCACUACAAAGUCUAUAAGGAGAUGUAAAAGGCCUGCUGUCUGUAAGUACACCGCUCACAGUGUUUCAGUGGACAUUUCACAGUUCUGGCCACUUGGACUUCAUAGUAACCAGUUAAAACUGUAAUAUCGCUUCUGGCUGAGAACCCAGAAAAGGCCCUGCUGUUUCCACCUACCACGUUAUUAAAGGGCUGUGGGAUGCGGGGGGGCAGUGAGCUCAGUGGUGUGGGGAAAAGUGGCAUGGCAGGCUUCUCCCCCAAUUCUGCCCAGUCCACACACCCUGGCCCACCUUCGCCACAUCCCCCGCCCCUUUCAGCAGAAGCCAGAAGACUUGGACAAGCAACAGUGGCUAUCGUAUUUAUUCAGUGUCUUCGCUGAGCCUCAGCCUCAGCGCAAUCAGGAGGGACUUUCAAGAAAGGCAGGAAUGCAGAGAAAAUGGUAACAGAUUCGCACCUAUGUUUCUAGGUACAAGAGAAGGAUUAUUUCCAACAACCUUUGCAAAAAAAAAAAAGUGUCAGGAUAUAUUCUUGUGGAAGAGAAAAAGAAAGAGAAAUGGAGGGUGGGGGGAACAAUAAAAGUUCUUGAUGCUUUUUUAAUUCAAAAUUUUAUAGAGGGCAAAAGUGAUGUUUACCAGAUAGAAUGCUGAUUUUUUUAAUAUAUUUACAACAGUAUUUGUGUAAAAAAAAAAAAAAAAAAGUGAGAUUGUUAAAAGUAAUUUUUUUUUCUCAUUUUGGUUUUGCAUACACUGCCACCAGUCCCUUCUCAUUUACUUUGUCACACACACACAUAUAUAUAUAUAUAUUUUUUGGUAAGUCAAGACUGUUAAGGUUAGCGAUACUGCUUCCAGAUAGAAAGAAUAAAAGGCAACUAAAGUUAUAUUUGAAAGAGAGGAAGGAUAUUUUCUUCAUAUUUUUUCUUAAGUUUUUUUAUUAUUUUAAUUAUUGCCUGGGUUGCUGAGGGCCUCAGAGGCCCACCCACCCCUGCUGUAAUUUCAACUGCUGCUGUGUUUUGCUGUGUAGAUCUUUCACUUCUGGCUUAAGUUGCUCCACUGAAUACUCUUCCAUUGACCCAUCUAGAAUCCUGUCCUUUCUCCUGGGAGGGAUGUGAUCCUUUAGCAGAUUUCUUACUUGUCCGACAUUUUCACUGAGCUCUUCGGAUUCUAGAAUUUCCUUGCUUUUAUUUCUUUGAUGAAACACUAGUAGUCCAGAGAUCUCGACAGAGGGGGUUUGUUUUGUUUCUGGUCAGUCAGGAGCACUCCACAAAGUUCUCCCCUCCCACUGUGUGAACGUCACUAUGAGAAGCCUGUUACAGACCACAAUGCGUCGAUGCCAAAACUCUUUCUCCUUUCAGAUGUCACCCCUGGAUUCUUCCCACCAUGGCUAAGAGAGCUAAAAGAUGAUCUCUCUAGCUGAUUAUUAACCUUUGCUUUUUGGAAAUCAACAAUUUCCCAAGCUAACAUCAGUGAAAACUGACCCUGGAUCUCUGGUGUCACUCCAGAUACCACUCUUUCUAGUUGGGAUUUUUCUCUUUUGUCUUGAUCAAGAAAUCAUAAGAUUUUGCAAUUAUAUACAGUGUCUUGAAGGAAUUCCAGCUCAGAAUAUAACUUUUAAACCUAGCUAAUACUCACAAAGUGGUUUCAUGACUGGGCAUGUUUUAGCAUACUUUAAAGGAAAAGUAAAUAUUUCAAUAAUGCAGAAACACCGAACUACAUUUUUAAAAAUAAGAAAAGAGGGUAUUUUUGUUUCUUAAUUAGUCUACAUUUUAAUUUAAUUUUCCUCCUAAUUUUCCUGUUAGCAUUUUAUUUACCAAAAAAAAAAAAAAUGCAGCAAACUAGGGAAAAUCUUUCAAGGCAAGCAGCUCUAAAAUGACUAAAUUGGUUUUAUUCAUACAUUUUAGACAAUUGGUUAAGUUGGAUCUUUCCCAUAUGUUCUUUGUGAUGUUUCGUAGUUUGUGCAACUGGAGUGUUUGUGCAGUCUGAGUCGUCUUAUGGUGCUUCAUUCAGUGGAUAUUUUGCUAGGAGUUGUAAUGUAGAUUUGGAUGGUUAGCUGACUACUGAGGAUCACUCAGCGUGAUUUCUAAGAGGACAACCAAGAACAUGUGUGACCUGCUUUAAAAAUGAGCUUCAUAAAUGCAGGGGCCCUCUCCACCCCACUCACCUGCUGGUUUUGCUGUUGAAAGGGUCAAUAGUGACCCUUGCCACCUUACCACCAAUAGAGGGAGCAUUAAGUAACUACAUCAUAGAAUCAUUUUGAUAUUUUGAAAAAUGAGUCAUUAACCCAUUAGGAAAAAAAUAUGACAUUGUGAUAAUUUUUCUUAAUCUGGAGGAAAAACGACAAAAUCAUUGUAUAAAACAAAUGAAAAAAGGUCAAACCUAGUUUUAGUUAUUUGUUGUCAGGACUACAUUUUAAAUAGUGUCUCUGUUCAACAUUUAACAAAGCAGGCAGAAUUCAUAUUGUUUCUGGUAAAACUUAUAUCGAGUGCCAUGGGCUUCCCCAUCCUCUCCUGAACUCUGAAAGAGACCCAUUUGCCUUAAUGCUGUUUUGCCAUCGUCAGAAGCUAAGAAACUGCGUUAAAAACCCAAUGGUUGUUGUAGAGCAUGUAAGAAAAAGAACAGGUGACUGGAAGCCCUGAUACACAUCCUGUCCUUAAUAAAGGGAAUAUCUCCUUUAAAGAGAGCAGGAAGAUCCCUGAAGAUUUCUUGGUAAGGUCUUCCUCCCUAGGCUCAUUCCUACUUAUUUUUUUUCUCCCAAACAUCUCACAGCCUAAAAUUUUUGACAUUGUUCUCUAGAACUGGGAGGACACUAACCUGGCUCUCAAGCAAAGAUACAUCUAUAGGUCCAAUGCCACAUAUUCAGCCCCUAAAGGGUGGCCUUCCCACUAACCAACAGUUCGGGAGAUGAGCCUGUCUGCACCUCCUCCAGGAGAUGCAGGUGCUUGAUUCCAUGUACCAUCCCUGGCUUAUAGCCACAAGGGGUGGGUGGGGGGAGCGUCUCAGUUUUUGGUUUCCAGUCCUGCAGUUUCUAUGAUGGAUGCUGUCAGUGCUUUUAAAACUGGAAAAGAAAGAAAGAUCUUUGUAGUAUUCGGGAAAACAUACAGAGAGAGGGGGGAAGCAGAUGUUCCUGACAGGAGACCUAAGGAGAAGUUUGAAGAAUGAGAGCUGGUACGCAAAAGCACACUAGUAUAAUUUUUUAAAAACAGAUUUGAUAAAGAAAAAAGUCUGAGGAAUGUUUGUCUCAACACGUUUAUAUAGAAAUUAUGAAAAAUAAAAUUCCCUAGCACUAAAAACAUCAAUAGUGUCUCAGCAUGGUGGGUCAUGUUUCCUAUAUUAAAUAUCAACAUUUGUACAUAAAAGAGCCCCUAACUCUAAAAUAUACCCCCCCAAAAGACAAUAAUUAUGGAUGUUCAGUUCUACAAUUAAAAGCAAAGAACUGAGAAAAACACUCCCCUCUCCAGUAAUCUGAAAUGAAAACCUUUAUCAAAGUAUUUUCAUUGUAAAUUUACUCUCCUCACAGUCAUUUUGCAGCCUUUCCCAUCCCAGUUCUGUUUGCCAGGAAUGAAGGUAGUAAGUAACCCUGGCUACUGCCUCAGAUCCUGCCAUCCCUUCCUUCCCCGGAUCUAUAGGUCACAGGGGCCUUGGCCUUAGAAAGACUUGGGUUUGCCUUUUUUCUCUAAAAAUCAGAGAGCUUUAUCUUACAUCGCGAUGUCAUAUAAGGACCAAGAAAACCCUUUCCGGCCCAUGAACAGGGAGAGUCUGUGUAUCUGAGGCUAAAGAGUGAAGGCUCUGGGCAAGCUGUUCAUGCCAGUCUUCCUGUCCUGAUCUGUCUCCAUGUGCUUCCUUCUCACACAGCGGCGUGUGUCCUGCCCUGCCCCAAAGCAGUGUUUCUUUCUGCGCAGAAGUUAGAAGGGAAGCGCUGCUUCCUAAAACCUUUUGGGUCCCCAGUAAAACCGUCUGGUUCCUUGUUGCUUUCCCAUUGCGGUCCUUGUAAGAUAUCCCAACUCCUUUGACCUGAGCAAUGAUGAAAGUGAGAUCGGCCUGGCCAGGAUGCACAGCAGAUCUGCCCCUCCUGAGCCUUCCCCCGAUGCUGCCGAUGGGGUCUUUUAAUUAGUUAGGGCUGGCCACGGGGAGUAUAUGGCUCCCCCGGGAUCACAUCAGGUUGGCUCUGCUGUGACCAGCGUGGCAGCCGCAGCAGAGUGAACACAAAGGUGUAGGCCCAAGCAGACAGGACGAGCCCUGUGGGGAGAGAACAGAGGGUGGGAGGGAGCCUUUUCUGCUGUGACUUGACUCUUAAAGAAACCCUCCAAAAUGAAUUCUUUAAUUUAGUAAUGAGUUGAAGUUUAGGGUAAUGGAAGCUCUGGGGAAGAGAACAAAAGAAUUGCACAAUGUAUUCAGUACCCAACAAUACCAAACCAGAAAACAUCCAAUCACAAAGCUAGGAAGUUUGGCAAGAGGUACUUAGGGAAACCUCCAGCCUUUUCCAUGGGUAGGGUCCGCAGACUUUCUUUUGAGUGAUUUCUGGCUCGAAGAAACCUCUUUACUCACUAGAAAAGAACUUUUAUUUAAAUGACCAAUUUUGUCCCCCAGGGGAAAAAAAAGAAAAAUUUUAAAAAGACAGAAAAGAAAAAUAGGACACUAAAGACAGAACCAUGUGAGUUGGUGACAAACAAAAGAAAGGGGACACUAGAAUUUCAAUAGACUCCCCAUUGGAUGGGGGGUGCGGGAAGCAAAGCUACCCAAGGGCCUCCCAGCUCCAGACUCCCAGUCUGCUGGGAGGGGACGGAGUGCUUGAUCUGACCCAGCUGCUGCCUUUCUGGGACUGAACAUAACUUCCCAGCUGGGACCAUGGCAACCUCCUCCUCCGUUCUGUAUUUUCAUAAGGAAACAGGACUGUUCUCUUAGGUGGCAUGGGGCAAACAUCCCAAAACAAGCUCUGCCCUGUACCCAGGCUGCUUUUCUGCUUGACCAUGGAAUCCACAGCAGUAAGUGGUGUGCAUCACUCGGUCCCAGGAGUGGGCUGUGGACUUGCGUUCCCUCAGCGGAAGAGACAAAGAUGAAGGCUGGCAGUGCACGCGUUCUUUUUCAGAACCGCAUGUCUCCUCCUCACUGAAGGAGAAGUAGAAAGGCCCAAGACUAAAACAAGAGUCUUAGCACAGGACUGACUGACAGCUGCCCUUCUCCCGUGUUUCUUUAGACCCCAUCUGUUGCUCCAAGGGCGAAAUACUGAAGUAAACUCAGCUAAGGAAUUUUCACAAGAACCCGUUAGGUUGUAGAAUUAUUGCCUUAAGUUAGAAACCCUGGGGGAAAGCAGACAAAAAAAUUUACAGAAAAUGGAAGGCUCUAAGGAUAAGAACUUUUGCUUUUUACUGUUCCACAGUCACAAAAGUAAGCUCUAUUCAUGCCUGAAGACCAUGGAAACAGUGACUUCCUGGGGAGGCACCAAACUUGUGGGGGAACCGGCUGCUUUCAGGAAGCAGCUAUUUCCUGUCUACUCUAUCUCAUUGGUAGGUCGAGGCUGAAUGUAAAAUGAGCAUGUUGCUAAGUAGCGAGUCCCGUUAAACAUGAUCACAGGUGCCUGGAUGAGUCUUAAAUGUCUUCUUACCAGGGAGAACAAUCCCAACACACAGCUUUCUUUUUAUAUAUAAUCUGGUUUUCUACAGUUUGCACUUGGUUCCACCUCAGUUUUGGAGUGCAUUUGGUUUACCUUGUGGGUCUUUGUGUAAAUGCAGAAUCAAAACUUUCAAGUCUUUAGUGAGGAGGCAUAUCAUCUGCAUAUCAUUGACCAAAGUUAGCCCUCGUCAUGAAGUCACAGCAUGGGCAGUGCCUGAAGACAGUCGGGCUCCCCUGGGAUGGCUCGUGAAUAGAGAGGUUUCUCCGUUCGGAGUACUUUCAUGAGAUUCUGAUACCCCAGCAGCAGAGAAAAAAGAAUGAACCCCACAGAAGACAUCUGUUUCUGCUGCUGUUGCAACAGUCGUCAUAGCCCGAAGCAUCAGUUAUUUGCACACAGAUGCCAUUAACAAAAGUGGCUUAACCCAUCCAGUUUGUCCCAGCUGCUGGCCAGAAUAUCUGCAGAUGAGUGCACCUUAUACAUGUGCAUGCAUGGUGUGAGGUGCUCCUACUAUACCAGAAAACUUCAUCCAUAUUCUAAAGAGACAACAGUGUAGACUUGGGAAUUUCCAAUAGAGUCAGAGGCCCGACACCAUGCAUAUGCCUGCUUUUUUGCCCUGUCACCUUAGUUGCGUGCAUCAGUAUCUGGGAUGAGGCUUUAGAGCACUGGGAAGUAGCCCAACCAUCAGUAGUUUGUAUAUAGCCUUUUAAGGGGAAACUUGAACAAAUGCUACACUUCUGUGGAUUUACUGGUGAAUGUGUGUGUGUGUGUGUGCAUGCACACGUACGAGCACACGACUACGCACAUUUGUAUGUUUAUGUGUAUUUAUGUUGUCUGAGUGUGCGAGCAUCUCUCAAAUGAAGCCCACACAGGCAGAGUUCCUGGUGCAUAGAUACAGUUGCCUCUUCUACCAUUGUGCUCAGACUCAUGGCUCUCUUCCCAGGAAGCAGUCACCUGCCCACUCUGUUGCUUUUUGUAGUAUUUCAGAGUUGGGAGAAACAAAGGCAGCUUGUUGGCUCCACAGCAAACCCACAGGGACAGGCUGUUUCCCUCCAGAAGAGGGUGGAGUACACAUUUUUCAACCAAGGAGCAGAGGGAGCCAUCCAAGACACCCCACAGGAGGCACCCACCCAGGCAGGUAGCACACAAGCAUCCCAAGAUGAAGUGGCUUGAGCUCAAAGGCCACUCUUGUCCUCUCUGGAACCUUGAGGCUUUAGAGAAGGAGCAAGGUCUGCAGAUCAUAGAUAAAGCCUAGUCUCAGGCAUGUAGUCUCAGCUCACAGCGUGUGCACAAACACACACAGGAACUACCUGGGAGUCCUGCUCUCAGACUGAAACUCCCUGAUACUGCCUGCCCCUGCAGGACAUCACUGUCAUUCACAAGCUGUGUCUCCUGAAACCAGUGUGGCCUUCACCAGUCUUUUGAGGAUGGGUUGUUUACCAGUCUAGCAAACCAAUAGAAUACAGAGGGAUAACUUGAGGGGAAUCGGAGCGCUUGCCCACGUCAGGCAUUAAAGUAGAAUGCUCCUCUACUAUUGUAUAUUGAAUGACUGGACUUAGCUCUCAUGGGUAACUCUGGAUAGCUUGAUGACCUAGAAACAGUUGGAUUUAGUUUUCUCAGUCCCACACCCUUCUUUUACUAAAUGGUUCCUUUCUCCCUGUCCCCCACCUUUUGUGAUAUAUGGAUUAUUUCUCCUUCACAGAAUUCAGAGGGCCUUCUUUCGUCUUCUGUUUUAGUGACAUUUCCCCUUCCCCCAGGCAGUAAGGCUACUUACCGUUACAAAUAUUUUUUUUUUGGUUUGUUUGUUAUUUCUUUCGAGUGCGUAUUGUCUUUCUGUAGCCAAAAGAAGUCUGUGACUGUAACCACAGGUAUUUCUUUUUACUGGAAAAAAAAUUCAUUUCUUUGUUUUUAUUUGUAUUGUUUUAAUUAACAGUACUAGUGACUUUGUGGAAGACUAUGGUUACUAUUUAGGUAUGCUUAGUUAAGUACAAUACACUACAUUGCAGUGUUUCUGAAACCUGAACAUACACAUUAUAUAUAACAACUCUGUAUUGAAAUAUAUUACAUUAUAUUCAUUUUAACUUUGACUCUGCCAAUGCUCAUGAGUUGACUGAAAUAUUUCUUCACAUGUAUCACCCAUCCCCACCUGCUGCAGUUACUCUGGUGCAUUUAAUGACCAUUAUGGUUCUAGUUUGCUUUUUAUAUUAUCAGCUUCAGUAUUGUCUUUAGAAGAUUUUAGGAUUUUUUUUAAAGCUCAGAUUUAGCACAUGUAGGAAAGUGAAAACUGUUUAAACUUUAAAAAAUUAUUUUGCUGUGGCUAAUACAAAGAAGUGCAUAUUCCAUGUGGUCGUGUUUAGCUGCCCCGUCAACACCUGAAGAGCAAAGGAAGUGUGAACGUGUCUGUGGUCUUCCCCUUUAGGACUGCCGUCGUCUAUAUUUGCUUUAAAAAAUAGACCACGGAGCUGCUUGUCCGUCACAUGAUCUGACCAACUGUCAUAAGCUGCAUUUCAAAGGGCUGCUUUGGUGAGAAUUAAAGACAGGGAAGUGCCUCACUGUCCCGACUGUAUCUCGAGACAUUGGAUUUCAGUUUUCAUCCUUCCCCGUCUGCUCUCUCUUUUUGGUAUGCCUGCCAUUGGUCUUCAGCAUUUCUCUGGAGGCAUCUUGGCAAUACACCAUUCAUUUCCCCAGGAGAUUUCUUUUUAAACAAAAACCACAUUUCUGGAAACUUUUUACAGACAGAACUCAAAAACAUAUAUGACAUUUUCCAGUCUGCAGACCCCAUAAGUUGGUGGCUCUUGGUUACCUGGCCCUUAGCAUCUCUACUUGCUUUCUUCUUUAGCCAGGCCACCAAGGGGACAUUCAGAAACCAAAUAGCUUGUCUUCUAACAGAAGCACUUUCAGGUCAUCUUUUCAAGUAAAAACUUUCUUCAGCUGCCCCCAGCUAUUCUACCAAAAGUCUGGACAUCAGAAUCAAAUCAGCUGAACCCCAUCUCAUCCUUCGCAGUCUGUAUUCAGGACAAAAUGGCGGACCAAUGUUUAAGCUUCUCAGUGUGACUAUACCACUUUUUCCUUCAGUCUUCCAUCACUUAUUAUCUCCCAGUCUCAUCACAUUCUGCUGUGCCUAUUCAGUGUCUCUGCCCCCAAACCACCCUCUCCUUAGCAUCUUCCAUUUGAGAAGCCUGGCAUUCAUUAGGACUUUCCUUUAGUCUCCUUUGAUGAUGCUAAGCUGGAGCCUAGUAGGAAACUACCUACAUUUCAUCUGUUUUCAAUGAAAGACAUGCCAGCUGAGAAGAGUGAACUAAGUGGUACUGAGGUUGUCCCUUCAGUGACCAGGUAUGAGGUGAACUGUCCUAACUCCAGUAUUUAGACUUCCCUUUCUUUGCCAAAUUCUCAUCAUGUCUUCUGGUUUCUUUUUAAAGGGAACUUUGAGCUAGCCAAUCAUCUCUUCAGUGUUUCCCCCCCCCCAAAAAAAAUUACAUUCAGACCCCCAACUGUUCAUGUCUUUCUUCUCUCUCCCUUCUUAGCAUCUUUCUUUAAGUGAGUUCAUAAACUUGGGACUCGUAGGCAGAAUGAAACAUGUCUUCAUUUCAGCUUAAGAUUUUAAAGGUUGACAGUGUCUUUUGAGAGUAGGAGGACCUGAGUCACAGUUCUAAAUGUCAACUGUACUAGUUGAGAUCAUUAAUUCCUCUCACCUUUACAUUAAACCAAAGAGAAGUAUUUUCUUUUCUUUUUUUCUGUCUUUUUUUUUUUUUUACCACAGUUUUCAGAUUCUUGAUAUGAGUAGACCAUUUCUGAGGGAGGAAAAAGCCUCCCAUGUUGAUUAUUUCUGCCUGUGCUAAUAUUUAGUCAGUGACAUGUUUGCCAGAUACUAGAUUUACAAGAAUCUGAAGAAAGAGGUAACAUUCAAAAUAACUUUGGUAGCUAUUUAUGCCAAAAACCACUUUUCAUUUAAAUACAGUGUAAGAAAAGUUUGAAUUUCUUCAUGUAUUACAUUUUUGAAAAGCCAAAUAUUGGUUUGUCUGAAACUUUGAAGGGUAAUUUAUUAAGGAAUAAGAGGAUCUAUAAAGUUUAUCAAGUGCUUGUUUUAUAAACAAAAAUUGCCUCAACAUAAACAUAAUAUAUGUUAAAAAAAACAAGAAUAAGGAUGACUGGAUCCUCUAUUAGAUUUGAUGUUCAGGACUCAGUUUAUAAAUACACAAUAUGUUAUUUGGCCAUUGUUCUGGAGCUCAUUACAAUUACAACUUUCUGGUCUCCAGAACACUGAUGAAGAAGACUGAAGGCAUUGUGGGUGUAGCCCUUUGGGGAUACUUGUAAUAUCAUUUCACAGUAACCCUUUAGCACAGUGCCCGAACUUGCUAUGAUCCCACAUUGUCUCUCUGCUCAUAUGAAUAUGGAGUCUGAGACAAUUUGGAGUGCACAGGUACUUACUUCCUGCUCUACCUUGACACUCAAAGUCCAUACUUAAAAUGAAAAAUGUGGCAUCACUUGGCUUGAGGCUUGAUCCAACUUUUGUCUUAAAACAGUUUAUAACAUCCAUUUGCACAGAGAGCGGUGAGAUAAAUGGCAAGUUCAAAAAUCUCCUUGAGGCAAGCAUCUCUCAGGAAGUCACCAUGUGUUGAGGCCAGGGUUUACAUUGCUAAAGACUUUGACCUUUGCUUGGCAUGUCCUCCAACUUAGUCUUACCUUCGGAGCUCUUCCUUCUUCCAUUUCAGGCUCUUGCUAUCUCUUUUGAAAGUAUUCUGUAUUGAAAGAAGUCUUGUCCUCUGGCAUUGCUUUCUGAAGGCCCAGAAGAUUCAUUCAAAUCACUAAAUACUGUCUGCCAUCUCAAGUGCAGUGUGCCAUGGGAGAGGUCUGGGUCAGAAAGAUCUCAUUCGAUCCACUUGAUCCAGGCUGACUGCUUGCCAUUGUUUCUUCAAGGUCCCCAAGAGAUUCAACCCUAAGAUCCAGGCUUUCUCACCACAACCUCUUAAGUUUGUCACAGAUGAAUGUCCAAAUCCUGUUUAAUAUUCUAGAGGCUCCAAGGUGUGAAUUCUUACUGCUCAGGAGCCUCCUGUUUUCACAAGCUGGCACCUGUCAAGAGCACCAACAGCCCCAACAGUAACUAAUGCAGCACAAUAAUGGUCAGAAAUGCUGGAGUGUGCAUUUGAGAGAUUAGUAAGUGAUUUUUUUCUUCUUUUACCCGUUUUGUUUAAUUUUUUUUUAAAGCCUGCAUACCCCCCCCCCUCCCCAACAUAUUUUAGAAAACCUGCAUCUCAUUUUAUAGUUAGGUAGUUUUAGUUUUGUGAAUGUAGAUUAGGAAAUGUUCUGGAAUUGAAGCUGGUAGCAAACAAGUUUAUUUUCUGCACUGGACGUUAGGACAAGUGUGUAUGGAUGCAAUUCCUUCAGAGAAAGUGAAACAUGGUAAAGCAAAGGGACAGUACUUCUACACACUAAACAGUUGUCUGCUAUCUGCAAACCUUGAUUUAAGCAUAAUUAUAACUUCAUAGAAAUCUGAAACUGGAGGAAUGUGUAUUUUAGUAUUUUUUUUAUUGUUUUCCUUUAUGUCUUCUCAAACUAGGGAAAUGUUUUGAUUCUCUGAUUUGAUUCUGUCCCUGCACAUCAGGUGACUGUCCCCUGCCCCACAGUAGUCUUUUGCCCUUAGUGAAGGUUUUUCUUCACUCUCCAGCAACAAGAAGUCCUUUCUCAUGAAAGUCAUAGGCUCCUCUUUUACUGUUACUUAGAGCUUUGAGGAGAGAGAUUCUGCCUGCACAUUGAGGGUAGAAUAGUUAGAGAAUAUUCCUUGAAGAAGAAACUCUCUUUACUUAAACAAACAGGUCUGGGUCGAAGACUGGGACUGAGUGCUGCUGAGAGUCAGCUCCUCCUGUACUGCAGUCAGCAUGGCUCCUCAGGCCUUUCUUGGAAUCAAGCUGGGGGUAAAUUUCUUUCUUUCACUGGGUUGUUUCUUAUGAUUAUCUAGUACAGAAUUCCUGGGUAAAAAUAGUGAACAUUACUAAAAUGUCACCUGACGUGUGCAUUCUCAUAAGGCAGGGAUUCCAGUCCUGUUCAUUUUAAGCUGCCUGUGCUCAUAAAGUCUUACACACAGAAGCUUCACUCCUAACCCCCCUGUUGCUGAGAUGGACCUAAGCAGGAAAUCUCCUCCACACUGUGGGUGCUUCUCCUGUCCAUGCCCAGCAUAACAGAAGAGAAAAACAUCAAAUUAAAAAUGAGGAGGGGAGGUCAUAGUACCUCAUCUGAAGAAUAUUCUGUGAAGCUCAGCUUAACUUACAAAUAGAUUGACAACCUUUUUAUAACGUAGCUUUUGUGCUGUGAUUUACUUUCUUGAUUCAAAGUUGGGAAGAAAAUGCAAUUUCAAUGAAGUGAACAGAAGGAAAGCAGGGGGAGGACAACGUAAGUCAAUGGAGCUAAACUAAUACAAUUCUCCAUUCUUAAAACCUGCUCUCAGGGUUACCAAAGAAUGAUCUCACCCCAGUCUUGUCAUUCCUUCCCAUCUCUCUUUUUGAUGGUUUUGAGAAUUAAUAUAACCAUACUCUUGUGAUUCAUGACUUCUCUUCAUGCUAUCAGGACUUUAGAUAAAGAGUGUAUAGAAAUCCUUGACUGCUCUGGACCUAAUCUGCUUUCCAGGGCACAUGUAACGUGUCUAAACAGAUAACCAAAAAUCGACUAGUGUUUUGAUAAGAUUUUGCAAUGGUCUGAAGUGCUUAGCUCACAGCUAGGAGAUCUUUAAAAACAAAACUAGUUAUUCUCCUCUUGGCUCUUCAUGGGACAAAUCUUGCCUUGGAGUCGGCAGUAGAGUCAACGGAGAAAAUGUCCAAAGAUGCUUGAGCAGUAAAAUUUCAUCCUUACUCCCACCGAUUUAGACUUCAGGUUUCUAGAGGAGCCUACUAAAGUACACAAAUAAUUUGCUUAGGCAUAUCUAAUUAAGAUCCAUUUUGCAACACUGUUAAAGAAUUGUGGUUGUCAGUUGAACAGAAAGUCCUGGUAGUCCACAUCCUUCACAGCAGGUGAAGGUAAGAAGCCAAUGACAGAGAAAGUCUACAAUUGCUUUGUUUUUAAAAACCCCACAGUACCAAACGGGCUUGUUUCUUUCUAUCUGACAGUACACAUUGAUUCUCCUGAAAUGCCAGCAUGUGUGUGGGGGUGAGAACAGUCAGGCAGAGUCCCAUGUACAGAGAGAGGCUCAGAGACACUGGAGACAGAUUCUUGAGGAUUACCACAUGCCAAGUGCUUCUCCAGAUUCACCCUCGUGGUGAAUCCCAAACUGACUCGCAUCAAUUUUCAGCUCUAUAACAAUCCCAUUGCAAAUGUUUUUUAACUGAAUAAUACAAGAAGAGUUACAAUGCGAAUCUGCAUUUUAGCAUAGUAAUUCACUUUGUAUUUAAUAGUUCUACGUUUUGCUUAAGUGUCAUUCAGUUAUGUGUACCAAUUUAGAAUCCAUCCUUUUGAGAGAGGCCUUGCAAUCUGUGGAUGUGAAUGGAUGUCUGUAUCUCUGUGUAACCAGGCAAAAACAAAACAAAACAAAAAACAAAGAGGAAUGACAUGAGAGAAAAGUGAUCAGUACAGAAAGCGGGCUUAUUGAUGUCAUGUAAGGUGGCUGCUGCUUGUAGACCUUGAAGAAUAGCUGAUUCUGCUACUCAAAAAGAGCGCUGGACUGUUAAAUUUAGUAAGCAGAAAGGCUCUCGCUUUUCUUUCUGUACUCAUCUCCCUUAGUACCAGUCACCUGACAUGAGAAAACCAUGAAGAAAAAGCACUACUGACCUUUGCAUUGAGUGGCCCUUUUCCUCCUCUAACUAAUCCCCUUGAUUGCAGCUCAGUGAUAUGACCUUCCCUUCUGCCUACCGGCUCCAUGUUUGGAAGCAUAAUACAGAGGUACAAGCUGGUGGUUCUCUCCUUUGAGCUGAAACAAACAGGAGCCACAAAAGAGAUGAGUCACACAAGUCUCUAGUCCCCACUUUCCUGCACUGGUACCCUUUAGUAAGAGCUGCUGAUGGUUGAGCUUUGAGUCUGUACUCAUUUUUAGUAGGGCUUUUUCUUUUUCUUUUUUCUCUUUUCUUUUUUUCUUUUGGCUUGUGGGAUUUUUUUUCUUUCUUUUCUUUCUUUCUUUCUUUUUUUUUUUUUUGCACUAAGCAUAAGGGCACUGCAUUGCACUACUGAGAUGUAUUUAUUCAUGCCAGAAGAGUGUGUUAGGAAAGGGAAGAAAGAGGUAAGCUGGGGGACUGGGAGCAUCACAGAGAAUAGGGGUUAUCUCCAUUAUUGUCUGAGCAGAGCCAGAGAGAAUCUGUAGAAUUUUUUGCCAACUCUUGAUGAAGUCUAGAAACUGCUAUGCUGAUAAAACCUGCUUCUUAUUGUAUAGAAGUGGAUUAGUACAGCAAAUGGAGAAUAUUUCACAAGAAAUGUGUCCAGUUUUGUUUCCAAAUAAGCUUAAAAUAAAAGCCACAAGAUAAGAAAGCUGAUUGGGCUGACACAAAGCCUUCAUCUUGGCUCACAAGACGCCAUGACACCUCUCACUACAGCACGCCUCAGUGUGCCUGAGGGCCAUGGUGUCCAUGUUCACAUACCCUUUCUAUCCAUGGCAAGACCUAGAUCUGGGUAACCAAAGAGGAAGGCCAUGCAUGUGGUGACACUGUAAGGUGACAAUAAGGGAACGGUGCAAUAAACACUGCCAACCAGUGAGGUGAAAGGCUUAUUCUGAAACAAGGUAGGCCAACUAGAAAACUGGAGGAAGGGUUGGAGGUGUCAUCCGAAUUCACAAGCUGCUCUAUCCUAGACUAUCCUUAAGCAGAGACUUUGAUAGUGCCUAAGAGUUGAAAGUUGUUGCAUUUCCCCCCUAAGUUUUCAGUUUAUUAUUAUUGCCUUUUUAAAUCUCAGAAGCAAUCGGAGUUUGACAGCUCUUCAGUAACUAUUAACGAGAGGUGGGUCUUGUACUGUGCGGGAAGUAAACAAGUGUGGGGCACCUGAGGAUGACAACUUCUGACAAACGGUGGUCACUAAGAACCACAACCCAUACUGAGUUUCUUUGAACACUGCCCAAUGUAAGGGCAUUAGUUUGGAAAACUCCCAGUUGAGUCACUUUCUCCUUCCUCCCUAUCAUCCAUCCCAGUCUACCUUUCCAAGUCAAAAGUUUCUUCUUACGUAGACAGAAGUGUCAGCCUUGCUAGUUAAACCCUACAUAGAGCAUUCCAAACUCACUUAGGCAGCCCCUUAGGCACUCAAAGCAUCACCUGUAUUUCAAGUAAGAAUUCUAAAAAAAAAUCUUAACAUACUUAGAAUGCAUAACGGGAAAGCACUAAGAGGACAUGGAGACACCCAACCAAAGCUAUGAGAAGAAAUAAUUGGCCUUUUAGAAUAUCCUCACAUUGACUAUUCUUGGAUACCUUUCUUGAAACUUUGGGGGACAAGUUUUUCUUGAGACUUGGAUAUCCACUCCAGUCUGUCACCAAAGAUUUUCCUCUCCAGAUCCCAGCCUCCUCUGUCCCAGGCAGAAGUACCAUAACAGGCCUGGGGAUGCUUUCAGUGGUCAGUGAGGACACCCUCCUUCUGUUGACAGUUGUAAUUUAGAUCAUGAGAACGGAGGGGCUACUCAACAGUCUCUAUGACUUGGGAGUUAGUCAAAAGGUUAAAAAAUACACAGUACUACUUGGCACUGUAAACUGUAAAAUACAGCUGUAACCUGGAGGCUUGUGGAGAGAAAGGAAUUCCCAUGGAAGAAGUGAGCUAAAUAAUUUAGAACCAAGCAAGGAUCAUUAGUGAGAGAGUCCUUUGGCAAUACACAAGAAACAAGAGUAAACCACGGCUCUGUGUGUCCAGGGCCAAUGACAGUGGCAUGUGGAGAUGUAGACAGCAGCCCAGUGGACUCAAAUACUGAGAAGCUACAGUGUUGUGGGACUUGUUCAUGCCAUAGCAAGGGAACUCCUUGGAAGCAGAUCUGUUGUGAUAGUGCCUUUCUUGAUGUAGCAAGUUAAUGCUUUUCUGGAUCACUGCCCCAUCUUCUGAAGAGGUCUGAGGGAUGAAGGGAUAGGAUAUUGAUUGCCCCUGAAAUGCUGUGAUUUGAAGAUAUUUGCACUAGAUUCUAAGCUCUCCUUUAAUGAGAGAAUGAGAAAAAAAUAAAUAAGGACAACUCAAAGUUAAAAGAAACCCAAAGCAAUGUGUUCUAACAUAUCCCCUUCACUACUAUAUCUUCUCUCCUUCCCUUCCUUCCCUUCUCUCUUCCUUCUCUUUCUCCUAUGAAAGGAAACUUCACAUUUGUUAUUACCAAAUCUAACCCAUAACAAUUCUUUUUAUUUGUUUUUCCCCCAACACUAAACCAUAAGUUCAUCAGUUAAUCAUUGGCUAGGGAUAGCUAAUCAAGAGCCUUUGCCUGUACUUUGCUUGCCUUCUCUGCCUCAUCAACGGUGGACAACAGUGGAGUGUUGGAGAGACAAACUUGACCUACCCAGCCUGUAUGGAAGCCAGUGAGUCUGAAUUUAUAACUCAUCCAAAAGGACGGCUUAGAAACAAAAUGAAGCCGCCGUGUUUUCAGUACCAGAUGAAGGUAGUGCCCGAAGUUUACCUGCUUCUUCUCUCUUCUCUUUCCUGCCUUGUCAUCAUGUCCUCUCCACCAGAAUUUUACUUCAUCUCAGAUAUGUCACCAGAAGAACUAUUUGAUUCCUUGGUUUCUUUCUUUUUCAGUAGGAUGGUAGCUCUUCCAAAAUUAAAACCAAGCAAAUACUAUUAGCAACUCCCUAAGGUUGGACAGCUUCCCAAGUGGUAUCUAUUUGAUCUUGAUCAUCAGUUCUGAUAACUUGGAAGUUUUAGCUGAUUCAAACAUCUGUCAUCUUUAUUUUCAUUUUGUUUUCAUUUCCAUUUGAAUCUUGAGUGAGAGUGGAAAGGUAGACUCAUGGGAAAGAUUUGGAAGCUGCAAUUCUAGGGUAUAGCUUGUAAGAAGUCUGUAUUAUCCGAAUUAGAACUUUCUACACUUGUUUCCAAUUUACUGUUACCCUGAAUAUAAUUUCUAUUACAUUUAUUGUUAUUUUUAUAAAGAUAGAGUCCAUUUGCUAUGUCUAGUUGAGUGCUCUUUUUCUAUUCCCCCACAUGGAUGCAGUACCAACCUGUUACUUAAAUAUCUUUUUAUUAUAUUGUUAAUAUGUAUUCUACUGUAGACCAAAAAUAUAAAAACAAAUUUGCUCAUUUUAAACAUAUAAAGAAUCUAGUGAGUAAGGAUGAAGAGAAAAGAUGAAGAGCAGUGGUUAACUGUGUUGUUAGAAAUCUAAUCUAAGAGUAGCCUUACCUGUUUUUAACCAGUGCUUGCCAGUCACACCAUAGCUGAGAUUAUAUUAUCUUGACUUCUUCAUGCUUAUGUUCUACAAAUCCUGUUUGUCUGUUUUCUUUGAUGUAAUUGAGGUUGCACAUGAUGCUUUUUUGGGGGGGUAAUGCCUGAUUUUAUUGUACUUUUAUCAGUCAUUUCCUUUGGAAGAAUGAGGGGGAAAGUUUUAUUUCUUCUUUUAAUUUAAAUUUUGUUUAAUGCACUGGAAAUAAAAUUGGACACAUUUCACUGUUUAAAAAUCAGAAACAAAACAAAACCCCAAAGAAAAAACCAGCAAGCAAAUAAGUAAGCAACACACAAAGACAAAAGUCACAGAAAACAGUCUGUGCUUAUGAAAUAUACAUAUAAGCUAUAUCUCGCAUGAGAGAUAAAUACUGUCAAGUAAGAAAAGCAUCAUGUAAGCUACAGUGCAGAAAACUAUCAGAGGAAACUGAGUUCACAGUGUGUGGAGAAAGCAGGCUGCUCCUUUCUGAGGAGAGAUCCUGUCUUUAUUCCAGUACCAAACAAGCUGCAUGUGGAUAAGAUGAAGAAAGGAGUAACUCCAACCCUCCUUACGCCACUGGAGCUCUGGGUUACUUUUAUCAUGUGUCUUAGCAACACACACACACACUGCUUGAGAAGGGUUUGUAAAGAUGUCUGUAUCUGGUGCACGCAGGUGCGUGUGUCAGUACUUGGUGGUCCCCGUGCUAGUUCACGUGGUUCUCUGAGGCUUACCAGUACCAGUCCCACAACAUGGAAACCCGUAAGUGGUUCACUGAAAUAGGUGUGUGCUAAGAAAGCACUUGAAUCCAGCCUGUUCCCUUCUCCAGCAGCGCCUAGUACAAGGUCUGCUGCCGCACAUGAAUGCACAGUGCGAGCUCAGGCACAAGUUACUUCUCUUAGCCAACUGGCUCAUUAUUUGCUUAAAUAUUUGCUGGGUUUUUCUGGUUUUGUUCUGUUUUAGAAUGGGGUGGGAAUGGAUGUAACUUCACAAUCCUAAUACAGUAAAGUUUUGCAUCUUCCAUAUCUUAUGCAAAAACAGACAUUUAAAUCAAUAAAUAAUUGUGCCCUAGACUGAAAGUUAAUGUUUAGGAGAAGGAAAAAAUUGUUGGAAUUUUUUCUACAUUUUUUUGUGAAGAAUCUUUUUUGGAAAGGAAGGAUACAUAUUUUUGUUGUGUAAUAUUUUCUAUUUUUGAAUGCAUUUUAUUGGUACAAGACUGUUUUUUUGGUGAAGACAUUAUUUAAAAAAAGAAAAAAAGAAAAAAACUAAUCGAAAAGUUUGCCCUUAAGGAUAUGCUGCAGUUUUGAGGUUAAAAAAUAAUAACUGAUUCAAGAUGCGUGUUAAAAGUUGGGAUUAUAUUGUUGUUUUUUGUAAUUGUUACAAGAAGUUUGUACCCACUGCUGUUUAUUUUGUUUCAGAUGAGUAAGUAAAGGGAUUGUUCUUGUUUUAUUCUUUUUUUUAGAGAAAAAGCUAUUUAUGAAAUGUCAAAAACACUGGACUGUGAGUUUAAGUGCGGAAGCAUUUUUACCACCCUGUGUCUUCAACCAAUUAUGGGAAACCCCUUUUCUCUCCCCCCUGCCUUAGCCUUGCCAAAUGAGGAAAACAUAACAGCUCUCAGAUGACAGAAGCCUCUGAAGCCCUGCUUUAAUUUUUAUGGUCUGAAAAAGUCGGAAAACCAAAGUUAAAUUUGUUUCUGAAAUCCCACUGUCCAUAGCCCCUUUUUUGUAUACCACAGCCGGUUGGCUCUGCCUCUCUAUCUUGGAUCAUUGCCUUCUUAGGAACCUGGGGCCUCGAGGCGGUGAGGUCUCCGGAAGUGAAGUGGGAGUGGGACUUCAGCCUUCCCAGGGCAGCCGAGCUUCUCCACCCAGAGGAAGGCUGCCCAGAGCACACACAGCUAACAGUGCCUGGAGGGGCUGCCUCUGUCACCUUCACCUUUGGCUUCUAAGACCUUGCAGUCCCACGGCUCUGCCUUCUCAGCAGCCCACGUUCCGAUGAUGGAAGGGGACGGAAUCCAAGUAGAAAACCCGGCUCCGGGUUCUGUGAAGGCCUGGCCCGCAGGAGGUAAAGCAAGGGACCACUCAGCACAGGGCCCUUGCUGCCAACCCCCCCACCUCCUCUUUGACUUUGUGGAUUGUCCAUCCAUCUGCUCACUGUGAAGAUGGAGAGGCUGUGUUUCCUGAGGCUGUUCAAUAGCUUUUCCAUAGUUUUUCAACAUUGAAAAAAUAAUUUUUAAAAACUGUGAUAUUUUUUAAAAAUCAUUUGGCUGGAGGGAAGGGAAAAGGGAACCACCAAAAGCUGUAACAUGAUUGACUGGAGAUAUUUGUAACUGGGGCACUUUCCAGACCAAGAGAGAUCAUUCUUUUCUGGACCCUAAAGCAGCAAACUCUUGAGAUGUCAGUGACAAAAAGCUGAAGAGAGGGUUCCCUCCCCACCCACCCUACUCCUUUCUUUUCUGUCUCAAAAUCUCUCUCGCUGUCUUUUCUAGCUUCCCUUGGUAACUGUCCAAUGGGCUUCAUACUUCAAAAACACGUGUACACACACACUCACGAACACACAGACACACACAAACAAACAAAAAAAUCUAUUUUUCUGGAGGAUCGUGGGACCGAAUUAAAAUCAUGUGCCUUCAUUUUUUUUCCUUUUAUAGUUAAAUGAACCUCUUCCUUUUUUACAGUGCAUUGGGUUUGGUUUUGUUUUUGGGAGAAGAGGAGAGGUUAAAGUGUUUAUGGAAGAUUUUAGGCAUCGUUUAGAGGAGAUUUUUUUAAAAAACAAAAAACACAUUUCCCACUAAAUGUUAAGUGAGAACAUCUCAACCCCUUCACAUUGCACUGUGCACACUUAGGCAUCAAGCAGACACCUGACAACCUAAUCCACGGGAUUUUAGAGCAGUUUCUGAAAUCUCUAGUUCGGUGACUUUUUUUUUAACUGUUAUUUUAUCAAAAUGAGGUGAGCAAGGCAAGUUGCCUUGUUCUCCUAACUUGGUGCUUUUGCUUG